CCGCCCCCGCCCGCCAUGUCGCAGAUGCUGCACAUCGAGAUCCCCAACUUCGGGAACACCGUGCUCGGCUGCCUCAACGAGCAGCGUCUGCUGGGCCUCUACUGCGAUGUGUCCAUUGUGGUCAAGGGCCAGGCCUUCAAGGCCCAUCGGGCCGUCCUGGCCGCCAGCAGCCUCUACUUCCGCGACCUGUUCAGUGGCAACAGCAAGAGCGCCUUCGAGCUGCCGGGCACCGUGCCGCCCGCCUGCUUCCAGCAGAUCCUGUCCUUCUGCUACACGGGCAGGCUGACCAUGGCGGCCAGCGAGCAGCUCGUGGUCAUGUACACGGCCGGCUUCCUGCAGAUCCAGCACAUCGUGGAGCGCGGCACGGACCUCAUGUUCAAGGUGAGCUCGCCCCACUGCGACUCGCAGACCGCUAUGAUCGAGGACGCCAGCUCCGAGCCCCAGAGCCCCUGCAACCAGCUGCAGCCGGUCACCGCCGCACCCCCCUACGUCGUGUCCCCCUCCGUGCCCAUCCCGCUGCUGACCCGCGUCAAGCACGAAGCCGUGGAGCUGCCGCUGGCCGCGGGCCCAGGCCUGGCCCCCAAGCGCCCGCUGGAGACGGGGGCCCGGGACGGCGCGGCAGCGGCGACGGGCCCCGCGGUGGCGGCAGGCACGGCCCCACUCAAGCUGCCCCGGGUCUCUUACUACGGGGUGCCCAGCCUGGCCACCCUCAUCCCCAGCAUCCAGCAGGCGCAGUACUCCCAGGGGGAGCGGACCAGCCCGGGGGCCAGCAGCCUGCCCACCACCGACAGCCCCACCUCCUACCACAACGAGGAGGAUGACGAGGACGAUGAGGCCUAUGACACCAUGGCGGAGGAGCAGUACGGCCACAUGUACGUCAAGGCCGCGGGCAGCUAUGCAGUGCAAGAGAAGCCGGAGCCCGUGCCACUGGAGAGCCGUUCCUGCGUCCUCAUCCGCCGCGACCUGGUGGCCCUGCCCGCCAGCCUCAUCAGCCAGAUCGGGUACCGCUGCCACCCCAAGCUCUACUCCGAGGGGGACCCCGGCGAGAAGCUGGAGCUGGUGGCAGGCUCUGGUGUCUACAUCACGCGGGGGCAGCUGAUGAACUGCCACCUCUGCGCGGGGGUAAAGCACAAGGUUCUGCUGCGGCGCCUCCUCGCCACCUUCUUUGACAGGAACACGCUGGCCAACAGCUGUGGCACGGGCAUCCGCUCGUCCACCAGUGACCCGAGCCGCAAGCCACUGGACAGCCGCGUCCUGAACGCUGUGAAAUUGUACUGUCAGAACUUCGCUCCCAGCUUCAAGGAGAGCGAGAUGAACGUGAUCGCCGCGGACAUGUGCACCAACGCCCGCCGCGUCCGCAAGCGCUGGCUGCCCAAGAUCAAGUCCAUGCUGCCCGAGGGCGUGGAGAUGUACCGCACGGUCAUGGGCUCCUCGGCCGCCAGCGCGCCCCUGGACCCCGACUUCCCGCCCGCCACCGCGCAGGUGUUUGAGCAGCGCAUCUAUGCCGAGCGGCGGGGCGAUGCAGCCGCCAUCGUGGCUCUGAGAACUGACGCUGUGAAUGUCGACCUGGGCGCCUCCACCAACCCCACCUUCGAGGCCGGCUCGGAGGCCGACGGGGCCGGCUCGGUCGUCCAGGAGGUGGCCGCGCCCGAGCCGCUGCCCGCCGAGGGCCAGAGCCCCCCGCAGCCCUUCGAGCAGGGCAGCGCCAGCAGCAGCCGGCCCGCGACGCCGGCCGCAGGGAGGAGACCGGAGGGCCCGUACGCAGGGACCUUGUAGGGGCCCGAGGCCGGACCGGGCGCCAAGGCGGGUACUGAAGCUGCUUGCAUGCGUUACUAAUACAGACAAAUGUGAUCAAGCCACUUACCUACCAAACUGCUACUGUUGCCUGAAAAAAAUGUGAUUUUUAUUCUGCUUGUAUUUAAAAUUCAUGAAGGAAA